AUGAUUGAAGUUUUAUUUGCUGUACGAAAAGAUCAAUUUAAAGCUAAUCCAUCUGGUCUUGAUUUAGUUAAUGAAAAUGAUCAAUAUACACAUAUGUUUGCAUUAGAUGAUCCAUGUAAAUUUGAACCAAUGCAUGAUGAAAAUAGUGAUGAUGAAGAGAAAUCAAAUAUUGGUUCAUUCGAUAGUGAUGAAGAAAGUAAGUAGAAAAUGGUAUUUAUUCAUAACUAUUCAAUGAAAAUUUUUCAAAGAAAAAUAGUUUAGUCAUUUUAAGUAAAUAUAUAAUUCCUUUAUCCGUUUGUGGAAGUCAAGACGAAAUAAUAAGGAAGCAAUAGUAUCGAUCGAGUGUUUGAGAUGAAAUAAUUUUUGUAUAGCUAUAUGGUUAGACUGAAAUAAAUUGAAAAAGAUUCGAGCUCAUACAUCUUUACAGAAGUAGGACAGUUUUGCUGGAUUUUUAGCAGCGGAUAGAAUACUGGCAAGACAAUUUUAAAAAAUAAAAGACUUUUGAAUUGAAAUUUUGUCGAUAAGUAAGUUUCUGAUGAUCCUAAAUAGUUACUUCCUUUUUGGGAUAUUUCAAGAAAGAAGUAUAAGAAUUUUGAUUAAAAUAUUUUAGAUAUUCUUAAAAAUCAUGAGAAUCAUGUAUCAACUAGCUUUCAAUUCUAAAAUCUUUUGUUCAAUUUUUUUAUCGAAAGCUAUUUCUAUGAGAGAAAUUCAGCAACAUUGUAGUAACUCUAUAGGCAAAGACUAUAAGUUAAAAUCUUUUAGCAGUUGUUUUAGUCUAAAAUUCCAUUCUAUAUGUCGAGAAUAUGAGCUUAAAACGAGUGAAUGACUUCAAGCUGUUCAUUCGUAUGUUAAUUCUUAUCUAUGCUACUGAACACUUUUGUUUUGAAUAAAUUCAAUAUGUAUUGUUUUGUCUCUUCUAUAGAAUAUAUACUUGAUUGUUCAUAUUUUUUCAUAAAACAAUGUCUAAUGAUUUCUACAUCAACAAUCGAAAAAACAUUCAAAAUUGAGUAGUUGAUCAUAUAAUUAAAAGAUGGGAAAUGUUGAAUUAGUUCACUAUUUUGUUUUUUUCAGAAAAGAAUAUUUAAUGUAUUUGAUAUUGAUGUAGUAGCAAUACUUUAUCAAGGUUUUCUCUUUCGAAUAUGCAAUUUAAAACUUCGGAAGGACUCAUCUCUAUCUAUUGGAGUACAGAAAUGUAGUAUAUCGUACAAUAAGCUCAAAUUAUUGAACGACCAAGACGAUGUUCAGACAAGCACUGCUCCAUCGGCUCUCAUCCUGAACAAAAUAAGGCUGUCGAUUGAUUAUCUCGUACUUAACAUUUU